CAAAAACCAGCUUUUACUUGGCAUCUUUAGCAGCUCUGCUUUACACGCAUAAACACCAACGUCACUCAAACCCCACCAUCAACAGCAACAAAAGCGAAGCCCAACUCAACUACUAGUGUUUUUCAUUUUCUGGAGAUCAGAAAAAAAACAGGACAAAGACCUACAAAAAAUUGCAUUGGAAAUUGAAGAUGGGAUCUGGGUCUGGAAGUUUCCUUAAGGUUCUUCUUAAGAACUUUGAUGUUCUUGCUGGGCCAGUCAUUAGUCUUCUGUACCCUCUGGCGAUUGAAUCCGAGUCUCGUGCCGAUGACCGGCAAUGGCUUACAUAUUGGGUUCUGUAUUCCAUGUUGACGUUGCUGGAACUCUCCUUUGCCAGAGUCAUUGAAUGGAUUCCAAUCUGGUCUUACGCGAAGCUGACUUUCACCUGUUGGCUGGUCAUCCCGUACUUCAGCGGUGCUUCCUACGUUUACGAGCAUUACUUGAGACCUUUCUUUAUCAACCCGCAACAGACCAUUAACAUCUGGUAUGUUCCAAGGAAGAAGAACUUCUUCAGUAAACCAGAUGAUAUUUUAACUGCUGCGGAGAGAUACAUGGAAGAGAAUGGAACUGAGGCAUUUGAGAAGCUCAUUCAUAGGGCUGACAAGUCGAGGAGUAGUGGCUACCGAUAUUGAUGCUUGUAGCUCUAACAACGAACAUAUAGUUUGCAGUCCCGGUACUUAUCGCUCUAAUAGUGACCGUAUAACUAUGCCGGAUAUCCAAAAGACACUUUUUUUUGUCA